CAAGAGGCUCGUGCAAGCACUAAAUGCUGGGAUUCGCAUGCAAAACGGACGACGUAUAUGCAUGAUGCAACUUGCAAGCGAGCAAGCAAAGCAAGGUCCCAAGCAAGGUCCCAAGCCAUGUUCAAACAGAAGAGCUUACAGGUUACCUCCCAUCGUGCAUGCAGCGAACGCCACAACGGGCUGCGCAGUGCGUACGGUACCAAUCACAGCUACAGGUCCUAUACGGUAGGUGCCGGUGGUUAGCUAGCUCGGAGUUGCUGUACGUUUGCUCCAGGUGCAGUGAAAACAGUUAUAACGUCCAAAAGAUUGAAAAGUGCAGCUGCAUUCGUUGGCGCCCCUCCCCAUGACGCCUUGCACGCUCGCCACCGCCUCGCGUUCCUUGGGUCGCCUGCAGUCUGCUGCCACCCGCCUGCCUGCUGCGCCACAGCUCGCCUCAGGCUCCCCCUCCUUGUUCCGCCUGUCCUGCGACGCGUCGGUUGCGCGUAGUGCAGCUGGUGGUUUCUCGCUGCCUGGGACGACCCCGUCGAGCCUGCGCCGCCUCCUUGUGAGCCCCGCCCUGAAGCAGGUCCCACAGCAGCCCAGCUCCGGCCAAUCCCCGCGUAAAUCCGUCACCAGAACCCUGUCCAUAAUGGCGGCCCAGACCCCUUCUGGCUCCCAAGCCACCGGGUUCGAGGCGGGUGAAGAGAAGGCGCGCCAGGAUAUGCAGCCAGGGAAGGAGCACAAGAUGGCAGUGAAGCCAGAGACUAUUCCGCAGCACUACAAGGCAGCGGGCAAGCUGGAGGGCAAGAAGGCACUGAUCACAGGUGGCGACUCGGGCAUCGGUCGCGCCGUGGCCGCGCUGUUUGCCAUGGAAGGUGCUGAUGUGGGCAUCACGUACGUGGCGGGCCAGGAGGAGAAGGACGUGGAGGACACGCUGGCGCUGCUGGCCGAGGUGGCGGGCGGGAAGCGCAAGGCCACCAAGUACGCAGCGGACCUGGGCUACGACGACCAGUGCAAGCAGGUGGCCGACGCCUUCCUACGCGACCAUGGCCGGAUCGACAUCCUGGUGAACCACGCGGGCGAACAGCAUGCCGUGCAAAAGUUCGAGGAGCUGUCGCCAGAGACGGUGGAGCGCACGUUCCGCACGAACGUGUACAGCCAGUUCUUUUUGACGCGGCACCUGCUGCCGGCCAUGCCGGAGGGCGGCUGUAUCAUCAACACGGCCAGCGUGAACGCGUACAAGGGCAACAAGCAGCUCAUCGACUACACCGCAUCCAAGGGCGCCAACGUCGCCUUCACGCGCGCCCUCGCGCUCAACCUCGCGUCUCGCAACAUCCGCGUCAACGGCGUGGCCCCCGGCCCGAUAUGGACGCCGCUGAUCAGCGCCACGUUCCCCGAGGAGAAGGUGGCCAAGUUCGGGGAGGAGACGCCGCUGGGCCGCGCGGGGCACCCCAGCGAGGUCGCGCCGGCGUACGUGUUCCUGGCCUCGGCCGACGCGUCGUACAUCACCGGCCAGGUCAUCCACCCCAACGGGGGCAUGGUGGUCAACGCGUAGGGCGGAGGAACAUGCAGCCCGGGGAAAGCACUUGCAUUGUCCACACGGAGGUCAAAGCUUGCAACCUUGCAUGCAAAGUCAGAGUCAGGCACCUAAUAUAGGAGUCCAGUGAUCCGUCUCAAAAGCCUUGUAAAAUCAGGGGAUGUCAUUGGAUGACAAUCGAUUUUCGCUUGCGAGAGUCGCAACCAUCCUUGGACGGCUUUGAUAGUCGAGAGAGUUUUCUUGUUACUUUCGAAGCACGCGGGAGAGAUGCAGGUAGUGUACACGACAUCCAGUCCUUGGCAAAAUUGGCUGCGGUGGGAAAGUUUCUGCGUCUGGUUAUCAGGGAGAUUGUGCUGAGAUUUCAACGGCAUCAUUGUCACGACGAAGUAAGCGUUAGAAGCUUACUUAACAAAAGUUUUUGACAGCUUAGUUUUGAGCAAAUGGCACCAUGCACGCAUUAAUUGCAGUGAUUUGUAACAGAUCCGAUGUGUCUUACGUCAGUACCUACCGUUCACUCAACCACAGUUGUUUCAAAACUGCAACCUUGAGCAAUUCAUCGAACUGAU